GGACUAAGUUGACAAUUACCACAAACUCUCUCUCGAAGCCAGAAAUUAUUAUUUAGCGAAAAAGCAAAACUUGACGGUGAAAGUGAAAUAUACACAAACUGAAAUGCCAUGAAUAGUAAGGACGCCAAUAUGAUAGAGGCGGACGCCAUGGCUCUGCCGCCACAGCCGCAGCCGCAGCAGCUCGGGUUAAGCGCUGACUUCAACGGUGAUGUGAGAAAUUUUUUGUCAAUGGCUCGCCAACUCAUCGAUCAAGGCAAGCCUUCACAGGCUCUCCAAGCGGUGAUGAUGGCAAUGAGAAUACAAGGUGGAGAUGAAGCUGUCUUCCAAACUCUUAGUCGAGCUCGAGAGCUAUACAGAAACAAAGUUCAAGUUAGUGCUGCUGCUGAUGAACUGUCUGCACUCUUUGCCCAGUGUGCAAUCGUGGAGGCAUCACCUUCCCAGUUUGAAUCAUCUCAGCAUCCCAUGGUUGGCCAGUCAAUUGAACCACAUGUUGAUGGAACUUCAAUACUUGCAGAGACAGGCAGGAAGCAAGUUGUGCUCGACUCAUUUUCGGAUGGUAGUAGCUUUGUCUGCUUUCAGUGUGGAGGUGUAGUUAGCAAUCAUCGCAAAGAGGAACAUUAUGCUUUCUGGUGCUGCAGAAACUGAGUUCUGGCCACCGGAAUGUGAUGAAUGACUUUGUAGAUGUUGUUACUAUUUUGUCCCUAUGAAAUGCUUUAUUGACACAUUCAUGAUGUUUUGUGAGGAUGCCUCCCCUUUGAGGCAUAUAUUCCAUUAUGUUUAAGGAGCUGUAUAAUUUACUAAAUGAGUUGUCAUUAUAUAAUAAAAUUAAUGAAUAUAAGAUUAUUAGCAGCCA